AUGGCAUCAAACCCCAGAGAGAUCAGAAGUCUUCGUCUUGCCCUGGAGAACUUAACUUUGGCACUGUCUUCGCAGUUGGUCACGUCCAGAAGCCAAGUUCUCAAGGGUCGUGGCCUAUUGCUGAUGCACGACUUUUUCAACCAUGGAGCUCCCGUCAAUCAUGCCGAAGAGUUCCCUCUUCUCCCGGUGCACUUUGCCCUGGAGCUCAUCCUGGCACUUCAGGAAAUUGCUCUGGGAUCGUGGCCAGGAGAACCACCAGAGGCCAGCAUAACACGUCGACUCUCAGGCGUCGCCUUUAGCAAGCUGGUUGCUCGUAAACCUGACAACUUCACGCGCCAAGAGGCGCACUACACCUUGCUCCAGAGCCGCAUCUUCGCGAACGAUGGCCAGUUUGGAAUGUCUCUGAGCGUGGUCGAUGGCAUCUUCAAGGAGAUGGACCAAGUCUUUGGCGAAAGAAAACGACUUGACGCAAACCUUGGUGACCUGCGCGAGCUGGGCCCGAGCAAAGGGCUAAGCUCACCUUUGGACGUGAGACCGUGUUUGGGUCGCAACGCUGUCACACCAUCUCGAGCUCAGUCUGCUGCUGCACGAGCCCGGCACUGA